CUCGUCGUCGGCGGACUCGUCAAGCACUCGCUCCACGACGUCCACCACGGCCUCCUCGUCCUCUCGUCGUCGCGCGCCAUCAUGCGCCUCGUCGUCGAGUCGCUCAAGAACCGCGUCGGCCGAUUGCGCCCCGACUUCUUCUCGCGCUGCGCGUGGGACGCGACGGCCCACGCGUGCAUGGGCCCCGUCGGCCUCGUCAAGGACGGCCGCCGCUCGUUCCCGUCGGGCCACUCGUCGACGGCGUGGCAAGGCCUGCUCGUCCUCGCGCUGUACCUCGCCGGCAAGAACGGCGCGUUUGCGUUCGCGGCACCUUUCCCUCGGUCAGGCGUCCUCCAGUCGCGCCUCCUGCGGCUGUCGCUCGUCGUCGCGCCCCUGUUCCUCGCCGGGUGGAUCUGCGUCACGCGCCUCGAGGACCACUACCACCACCCGACCGACGUCCUGACAGGCUCGCUCCUCGGCGCGCUGUCGGCCCUCGUCGCGUACUCGACCUACUACCCGAGCCCGUUC